ACAAUAUAAUUCUUGGUGUUCAGAGGUCUUAAAGCAGGUUUGGGACUUAUCAGACCAGGAUAAUGAUAGCAUGCUUUCUUUGAGGGAGUUCUGUACUGCUCUCUAUCUUAUGGAACGUUAUAGGGAAGGGCGCCCCCUUCCUUCAGUGCUUCCAAGCAGUAUGAUAUUUGAUGAAACUCUAUUCCCCACCUCUGCUCGACCUGGAGUUCCAUAUGGUGGUGCAACUUGGGGAUCUGCUCAUGGUUUCCAGCAGCCACAAGUCAUGAAUGCUCCACGACCACCCUUACCAUCUGCCAGGGGAAGACCACCACGGCCAGUUUCUGUUUCACAGGCUGAUGAAAAUAUGCAUCCUGGCCCUCAAAAGCCCAAAAUUCCAGUGCUGGAAAAGCACAUUGUUGAUCAACUUAGCCAAGAGGAGCAGGAUUUACUCAACUCAAAGUUCAAAGAGGCAACAGAGGCAAAUGAAAAGGUUGAAGAACUGGAAAAGGAGAUACAAGAUUGUAAAGCAAAGACUGAGUUCUAUCGUGUCAAGAUGCAGGAACUUGUUUUAUACAAAAGCAGAUGUGACAAUCGUCUUAAUGAGAUCACAGAGAGGGUGUCUGCCGACAAACACGAGGUUGAAGCAUUGGCAAGGAAGUACGAAGAGAAAUAUAGGCAGACCAGAGAUGUGGCCUCUAGAUUAACCCUUGAGGAGGCCACUUUUCGUGAUAUUCAGGAAGGAAAGAUGGAAUUGUAUCAGGCAAUUGUGAAAUUUGAAUCAGGAGACACUACUGAGGGUGCCCUUCAGGAACGUGCUAAUCAUAUUCAACUAGGUCUUGAGGAAUUAGUGAAAAAUGUAAACGAACGUUGCAAACAAUAUGGGUUGCGUUCUAAACCCACGUCACUGGUGGAGCUCCCAUUUGGUUGGCAACCUGGAAUCCAAGGAGGAGCAGCUGAUUGGGAUGAAGAUUGGGAUAAGUUCGAAGAUGAAGGUUUCACAUUUGUUAAAGAGCUUACACUUGAUGUGCAAAAUGUCAUAGCCCCUCCAAAACUAAAAUCUUCAUCAGUUCGAAAAGAAACAGCUUCCACAAAUGAGAGUGCAAAUCUGUCAUCUGUGGCUGCUGAUGCUAAAUCAGGGAAAGUUUAUAGUUCAAUUGAACAAAUCUCUGACAGGGACUCAGAAAAUGACCAAAGUGAGAAUGGGCUGGAAAAGAGUCCUUCUGAUAGCCCAGCAGAAAAUGGUGCAGUGGAGAACCAAUCUCAUGAAUUCCUGGAUUCCCAAUCUGCUCAUAGUAGUGGUGCUGAUGGUUCACCCCAUACCAUAAAGAUUAGUGGUGCUAAUGGUUCACCCCAUGCCAUGAAGUUUGAUGGUUCACCCCAUGCUGAGGAAACUAGAAGUGACCAGGGUCGUGCUGAAUCCAUAUUUUCUAGAGAGAAAAGUUUUGAUGAACCUAGCUGGGGUAAAUAUGAUAUCCACUCUGAUACAGACUCUCUUUGGGGCUUUGACAAUGAUUAUUCCAAGAACCUGGAUCAACAGAGGCAUGAUAGCAAUUCUUUAUUUGGUCUUGGCGAAUUCAACAUAAAGCCUAUAAAAAUUCAGUCCUCCAACACAGAUUUUGCAUUACCAGGGAAGAACUCAUUUAGUUUUGAUGAGUCUGUUCCGAGCACACCUGCUUACACGGAUAAUAUGUUCCAGGGGAAGAGCUUAUCUAGUUUUGCAGAUUCCAUUCCCAGUACACCUGCCUAUAUUGAUAACCUGUUCAAUGGGAAAAGUCCAUCAGUUUUUGUGGAUUCUGUUCCGAGUACUCCUGCCUACUCAGAUAACUUGUUUAAGGGGAAGGCCUCAUCUAUUUUUGCAGAUUCUGUUCCUAGCACUCCUGCCCAUCCAGAUAACUUGUUCAAGGGGAGUAGCUCGUCCAUUUUUGCUGAUUCCAUUCCAGGCACACCUGCUUAUAGUUUUGGGAACUCCCAACGAGGGUUUGGUGAAGGGUCAGAUGAGCACUCAUUUGACAGCUUUUCGAGGUUUGAUUCAUUCAACACGCAUGACAGUGGUUUCUCCCAAGGCCCCUCUCUUGCCAGGUUUGAUUCCGUCCGCAGCUCAAGCGAUUACGAUCAGGGUCAUGGGUUUCCAUUACGCUUUGAUUCAUUUAACUCACGUGAUGGACAUGAUGGCGGAGCAUCCCAAUCCCCACGGUACUUGGAACGGUUUGAUUCUACGCGCAGCACCACAGACUUCAAUCAUAGUCAUCGGUUCCCCUCAUUUGAUGACGCGGAUCCAUUUGGUUCAACUGGGCCAUUCAGGACAACCCUAGAGAGUCAGACUCCCAGAAAAGAUACAAAUAAUUGGAGUGCUUUUUAGUCAGGUAGGAAACAUCUUGUAUUAUUGACCGUCUUCUUUUCAUUUUAAGCCCGGCGUUUUUUCCCUUUCCGUGUGUGGCGGCCUGAUUCUUUGAUUAGUAUAUAGUAAGCAUAAGGAUUAACCAUGCCCUGUAUUUUUUGCCUGUGUGAUUUUGCAAAUAUCUCUCUUCUUAUAAUCUGGUUGUUCUUUCUUUUCUUUUCUCUGUGUAGUAUUUCCCCCAUUUUGACAGUUUAGAUGUGUAAUAUUUUCCCUUCCCAAAUAUCUACCAUCUAGUGAUAAUGAUUGUAUUUUGAUGUGGAAUAUAGAACCCAAAUUUUU